AUGGCCAUCUCGUCGAAAACCGUCGCUGCUGUGCUCAUCACCAUGAUGCUGCUCAGCACCACCUGCUGCUUCGUGCAGCUCACUGCUGCCACCAUGAGCACGCACCAUUAUCCAUGCGCUGGAAGAAGGGUUCUGCAGGUGCCUGCAGCUGCAACUAACAAGGACACCGAUUCGUUCCCACCAACCACUCCAGGCCCUAGCCCCAACCAUGGCCAUGGCAGUCCUCCGAUGACCAAAUGA